UUAAUAUAAACAAAUUUCUUGUAAAUACUACAAACAAAACAACUUUCUUUUACAAAAAUCAAAAAAAUAUUAAAAUAAAGUAUAAUAAAAAUACAAGAGUAACGAAAAUAUAAUUUGUGAAAAUGGGUGCAGAUAACAAAUCGAAUCUAAAAAAGUGUGGUGAAAUACUAAUAAAUCUAAAAAAGAAAAAUAAGAAAUCAAAAACAUACACAUUUCAUUGUACAUUUUGUGAGACAUCAUGGGACCAAAUGAAAAAAUUUUCAAUGCAUCUGGAGGAGUUACAUUUACAACAUUUUGAAGAGGAAACAAAUGAACUUCCAAUGAUAUAUGAGCCGGAAAUAAAAAUUGAGACACCAGUUGAAAAUAAAAUUCCAGAAAUAUAUGAUAAAAUGCUACUCAUAGAUAUUGUAAAAGAAGAUCCCUUGGAAACAGAAGCUAUACAUGUUAACAAAAUGAAAACAUCAAAUAAUAAUGAAUAUGGCGAAGUUCAGGUUAAAGACGAAGAAUGCACUGAUACCGAACAAAAUAUUAAAAUCGAAGAAAUGUACGAAAAUGAUUCUGAUGACAAUGAUGAUGAUUAUAAACCAUUUAAAGGAGAUGACAGUUCAUCAUGUGAAGAAAAAAUCGAUGAUGCUAACUAUAACGAUUCUGAGUCUAAAGAGGAACCAAAAAAGUUAAGAAAACGCCGUAAAAUAAAACUAGAGCGCCACAAAGCAAAUAAAGUCAUUCCCGAGUUAGCUAUAGAUUCUGAAGAAAAAGAUUUAAAUAUUGCUUUGUUGCAAGCGUUUGAGAAAAAACCCCAUCUCUGGGACUUAAAAGAAAAAUGUAAAAAUGAAGCCAUUUGUCAGAAGGGUUAUGAAGAAAUCGCAAAUGAAAUUAACGAUCAAUUUGAUACCAAUAUUACAUGGGAUUUUGCAAAAAAUCGAAUAAACAACAUGCGAUUUGAGUGCUCUUAUGAAAUUGAAAAACAACAUAAUGGAGAAGAUUUUAAGUUGCCUUGGUACACUGAUAAUAUAAAGUAUUUGCAGCAUAAUAUCGACACAUUGACAAAAGAUAGGGCAAGUUAAAUAUAUUUCAAUAUUUAAUUUUAUUCAUUAUUUAAUGUAUUUUCAGAUUAAACAUAAACGUUUUAGAAAUAUAAAGGAAUCACAUUUAUCAGUUUUUAUUGAGCUUUACAAAAAGUAUGAGGACUUGUGGCAGGUUAAUAGUGUAUUCUUCGGAAUUACCGCAAAACGAGACGAAAUAUUUAACAAAAUGCAAGAAGAGCUGAAAUUAAAUUGGAAUAUUGAUUUAAAUUUCGAGAGAUUAAGAAAUCACAUAGAAUAUCUAAAUCGGUUAUAUUCGAAAGAUAAGGAGCUCCAAUUGAAGUGCGAAUUGACGAAAUCUAACUUUUCACCCACAUCCAAAUUUUACAACGAUCUAACAUUUCUCAGUAAUUGCCAGGGGCCAUUUAAGUGUCCCCAUUGCAAUGAAAUUAUCAAAAAGUAUGAAAAUUAUCACAUACAUGUUGCUGAACACACUAACUCUAAGCCGUUCAAAUGUCCACUUUGUGAAUUGGCUUUUAAAAAAUUCUUUACCUGCAUAUCGCAUGUAAAACGGCAUCUCGACGAGAAUAGUCAUCGUUGUGAGAUAUGUGGUAAAGGUUAUCCAAAGAAAUCUGAGUUGGACCAUCAUUUGACAUCUCAUACAGGCGAAAAACCAUUCCUAUGUCAAAUAUGUGGUACUGGCUUUAGAACAAGUCAAGACCAUGACAAUCACAUACGUCGCCAUGAAAACCGUUUUCGUUACGAAUGUCAUAUAUGUAAAAUGGGUUUCAAUCAUUUGCAUACGCUAAAUGAUCACGUGAAAUCACAUCUAAAUGUGCGAGAUAUUUUGUGCAAUAUCUGCGGUAAAGGUUUUACAGCAACUAGAUACCUUAAUAAUCACAAACUAAUACACGAAGAUAAAAAACAUUACAAAUGCCAUAUUUGUGGGAAGGAAUUUUCUCAGGGAGCUGGACUACGGGCACAUCGUAAACUUCAUAAAACACAUUCGGAUGCAGUUCAAGUGAAAAAGGAGAGAAAGGAGUCUAAUGCAGAGUAAAAUCCAAGGAAUAUCUUCGACUGCAAGAAAUAUUUACAGUCUAUUGGCCGCAUUUAUUCUUCCAAACUCAAAUAAUUUUGUAUGUUCACUAAAAUAUAAUGUUCAAUAAUUCACUUUUACAAAAAUACAGUAUUUAUCUUUGAUUUCCCAAAAAUAAUUAUUUGAAAGUAUAAUAAUUAUUCAGAUUCAUUUAAAAAAGAGCAAAGUUUACACUUAUAAUGAUCACCGUCAUGAUCUUUUAUUGUCGUUGCGCCAAUAAAGUCACAUGUGUAAUUUUUCAAAAUUUUAUUUCAUUUUUCGAUUUACUUACCAAACUAUUUUUAAAUAUGCCCAUUGGUUCCAAAGUUAUCACAAAGAUUUUUGUAUUUGUAAUUAUGUAAGUGCAUAAUAGUAUCUAAAAAUUAUGGUGAAAAUCUUUAUAUGUUUUGUUUUAUAUAAAUUAAAAUAAACAUAAAAUAAUGUGACACUAUAAAAUUUAAUAUGUAUAAACUUUAAAAUUUAUUCUAAAUUAUUUUGAUCUUUAAUUUUUAUUUAGCUAAUAUAAUAGUAAAUAUUUAACCAAACGUAUUUGGUCACAAUUCAUAUUAAAACCCAAUAAAGAAAUAUUAAUAUUCACGAGUGUAGAAUAAAA